AUGGAGAUGAAGCAGAUGAUGGAGAAACUAGGUGCACCUCAGACACAUGUUGGGCUCAAAGCCAUGAUUGCAGAGAUUGACGAAGACAAUGAUGGAAAAGUCUCUUUCAGAGAGGUAAUCAUAAUUCCAGUACUUCAUUUUUUUUUUUUGGCAUUAUUACUGUUUCGGGAGUGGGGUGGUGUGUUUGAAUUAAUUAAUGCACCGCACUUUUUAUUUAAUUUUUUUUCAAGACAUUUGUUAUGCUGAUUACAAAGAACUAAUAAUUAAAAAGAAACUAAUUACAAAACCCCAAACAACCGUAAUAACAGAAGGAGAGAAAAAGGGACAAGUAUUACAUACUUACAAUUAUCUACAGUUCCCAAUUAUAUACAUUACAGUCAAAAAACAGCCACGCAAUUGCUGAAAAGUGGCUUAUUUUACAAAUAGUUAAUUAAUACUUAGUGAUGUAGUUAUUUAAUUUUGUUGCAGUUCCUUUUAAUCUUCCGUAAAGCAGCAGCUGGAGAACUAGAUGAAGACUCAGGCCUGAGUCAGCUUGCUAAACUUGCUGAGGUUGAUGUUGAUGAAGUAGGUGUAUCUGGGGCUGCCAAAUUCUUUGAAGCCAAAGUUAAAGAGCAAGCAUUUUCAAACAAAUUUGAAGCAGAAAUUCGCCAGGAACAGGAAGAGAGGAAGAAGGCAGCUGAAGAAGCUAAAGCUAGGAAAGAAGCAUUUAAAGCCAAGAAAGCAGCAUUUGGUGUUAGUUAAAAUAGAAAAAAGUCAAUUCAAGCAGUUUUAAAUUUUGUCUAAAAUUGGGCAGUUUUGCAGUGACUAAAAAAUGUUCCACAUUUUGAUUGGUUGAGAUUAGCAGUAAUAAUAUUAAAAGCUCAAAAAAUCAACUGAGCACUUAAGUCAUUGUUAUCAGCUUACAGUGAAGGCUAAAUUGAAACUGAAAAGAGAAAAAUUGCUGCUUAAAACUUACCCCUUUUCCUUCUUUGUGGCUGUUGGAUGUGCAGCUUUUAUUUUAAUAUGUAGUGUUGUCCUUUACUGGAACCUUUUUAGAUUCUAGCAGUUUGUGAAGGUGUUUUUCUUGAUAUCAUUGCUGAUUGAGACAUACCCUUUGGGCAGAGUCCCCUUAAUUUGUUAGACUACAUGUAGCCGCACCCUCCCUCCGAAAACUUCGUCCGGGGGAGGGUGCGGCUACAUGUAGGCUACCUUUUCUCUUCUUGAUCAAGGUGGAGAAAAGGUGGCUCUAACUGAAUUAUUUAUUGCAUCAAACCUUUGAGGUCGCCACACCCCAAACUUCUGGACUAGUCAAUCUUGUUUUCUCUCACCAAACCGGUUCUUUUGAGUGCGAGCAUCUGUUUAUUGAUAAACGGAUGGUCCCAACCGAGCCCGCUAAAGCAAACUCACAGCUAUUAGGCCUGGGUUCGAAACUACAUCCUAGCAACAUGUAGUGCAUGUUCCACAAAGAUCUUACUCAAUUCAUGGAGAGUCUUUCUCGAGUUAGAGUACAUCUCUGCUGGCAGGGAGACCGAGAUACUGAGGUUUCUUUAAAUCACUGUGCAAAAAAAGGCGUCAGCUCUUGCAGACUAUUAUUUUUUAUUUGUUAUGUAUUGUGUUCCAGUGACCUCUAGCAACACAUUCAUUUUGGUCUAACUUUCCACUGUGAGCCAAUGUUUAUGAACAUUUCUCUUGUUAUUCACUGCUACAUUAUUUUUUGGAAUGUCAUUGCAAGACUUGCCAUUAGGAAUAUUAAAAUUUCACAAGACAUUAUUAAUUUUUGGCUAUUGAAAGAGGAAUAGCUACUUAAUAGAAUAAUAAUUUCCUUACUGGUGAUAACCAAAGGUUAUACAGAGUGCGGGCGACAACAAUCGAAGGUCAAAAUGCUUUUGCUCCAUCGCUGCAGUAGUUUGCAGCCUAAGCCUGAACAGGUGAAAAAUAAACUUAGAUUUGUAUGGAGAAAAAUGGUUUAACUUUAUUAAAUUUUCGCUUCUGUUUUUGUACCUUUAAUGAUACAAACAUUUAUCCCAAUACAAAUCUAUAUAUUAUUGUAGCUGUUGUUAGACAUUUACAUUGCAGAUGAGCCCAGCUUGCAGGGUUGUCAGAAAGUUUUGAAGUACCAGUAGUAGACAACUGAGUUGUCAAAGUAAGCCACCAGCACUGGUGGCACUGCUGAAUGCCCAAGGCGCAAGCCUCUAGGGGGUUUGGGGGUUUAUAUAUAUUUUUUAGACACUCUAAAAUGCUGUUUUCUGCACUGUCCACGCUAUUUUCUCUCCAAAAUUACUGCAAAUCUUAAGUGUUAUAAGGUGAAUUAUUGAGUGUAAGCAUUAAAUUUAACUGUGAGUGACACAUAAACAAUUGCUAUAGUUUUCAGAAGAUGUUUCUUAACCAGUCCAGGGAUAUGUUAUUUAGAAAACGCCACUGUAUCUGGAAAGAAAGGCCAAGCAGAGUAGCCAGCGGAUACCAACCAAGUAGGCGGCGAUUUUCACUGGCAGCCAGCUACUUUUGACAAACCUGGGUUGCUGCAGCAAUUGCUGGAUUUAUGAACGGCUAUUUGCAUUAUGAGUGUGAAAGCAUUAUUAAAAUGAAAUAAUAACAAUAGUCUAGUACAUGCAACUUUUGGUUUGUUUGAAAUUUAAUAUUCAUAAACAGAUAGAAUAAUACCAUUUUAGAAUGACAUAGUAAACAAAAUGCACAAUAUUAUGAGACAUGCAGUGUAAUAAAAUUAUUUUGUGCUGUACCAUUUGCAAGUUGGCAUGAAGCUUCAUACUGGUAUUUCUUCUAGAACUAAAUAAUAGUACACCUAUUAGAUUUAUUU